AUCCCCUCCGCUUGGCUCACAGGGAGUUGGAAGCGGAAACCUCGGUCUUGUUCCGCUGAGCUCUGUUGGAUGUGUUCGACUGCUACUCUCAGGUGCUUACAAGAUAAAUUAUUUUGAUAAGACAAAAAAGCUCAGGCAAGCAAAAAAUAGUCUUCAGAAGAAUGCUCCUCCAGUCACUGUGAUUUUAAUUUUAUUAGACCCUCGAGAGGCUACAUUGUGGGUUAUACUUCAAUGCAAGCAUCUAAAAAGUACUCGGUCUUUGACAAACACCAGCAGUCAACAUAUCAUCAGAACUCCAUGCCUGCUAGAGAUGUUGAGUCCAGUUAUAUGCCUCAAAAUCACAAAUCUGUGCAUUAUUUUUCUUCUGAUGAUGGAACUCAGCAAAGAAAAAUUCAAUCUCAGACAAGUGAUGUGCAAUUCUGCACUCUAGAGUCCUCCUUGGCAACUGCUAAUUAUAACAUGCAUAAUUCUCCAUCUUCCCAAAGUUUCUCGUCGACCAGUGGGAGCCCUAUAUCCCAGCAAGAUUCCCAAUAUGAUAUUGUCUACGGAUCUUCAGUAAGUGCUUCAUGUGUUACUGAAGAUCCAAAUGAUCUUAAAAUCAGGUUAAGGGAGAUAGAGACUGCAAUGCUAGGGCCUGAUUCAGAUAUAGUUGAGAGCUUUGAAAACACCUAUCCGGGCCAUCUUUCAUUGGAGCCAGAUGCAUGGAGACAAGUGAUGGGAAUUCCCAGAGGAGACUUGAAACAGCUUCUCAUAGCCUGUGCUAGAGCUGUUGCUGACAAUGAUAUGAUUAAUAUUGAAUGGCUAAUUUCAGAGUUGAAGCAGAUGGUUUCAGUUUCUGGGGAACCGUUUCAAAGAUUGGGUGCUUACUUGCUCGAAGGCCUCAUAGCUAGGCUGUCUUCCUCUGGUAGUUCCAUCUACAAAGCAUUGAAGUGCAAAGAACCCACUAGUUCUGACCUCCUCUCCUACAUGCAUAUUCUUUAUGAGGUCUGUCCAUACUUCAAAUUCGGCUACUUAUCUGCAAAUGGAGCAAUUGCUGAGGCUGUCAAGGGUGAGAACAUGAUUCACAUAAUUGAUUUCCAGAUUGCCCAGGGAAGCCAGUGGAUAACCCUCAUUCAAGCCCUUUCAGCAAGGCCUGGUGGUCCUCCACACAUAAGAAUAACCGGAGUUGAUGAUUCCAAUUCUGCUUAUGCAAGGGGUGGUGGCCUACAUAUCGUGGGGCAGAGACUAUCUAGACUUGCUCAAUCUCGAAACGUGCCCUUUGAAUUCCAUGGUGCCGCCAUGUCAGGCUGUGAUGUGGAACUCAAGGACAUUGUCAUUCGGCCAGGGGAGGCAGUGGCAGUGAACUUUCCUUUUCAGCUACAUCACAUGCCAGAUGAGAGUGUGAGCACAAGGAACCACCGAGAUAGGCUUUUGAGAUUGGUUAAGAGCCUUUCGCCAAAGGUAGUGACACUUGUGGAACAAGAAUCCAACACUAACACUACUCCAUUUUUUCCAAGAUUUUUGGAGACUAUGGAAUAUUAUACUGCCAUGUUUGAAUCAAUAGAUGUGACUCUCCCAAGAGACAACAAGGAGAGAAUAAGUGUUGAGCAGCACUGCCUUGCGAGGGACAUAGUUAACAUUGUUGCUUGCGAGGAUGCUGAAAGAGUGGAGAGACACGAGCUUUUUGGGAAAUGGAAAUCUCGGUUUUUGAUGGCUGGAUUCCGGCCAUGCCCUCUUAGUCCUCUGGUGAAUGCAACCAUCAAAACGCUGUUACAGAACUACUCCGAACACUACUGGCUUGAAGAGCGAGAUGGUGUACUUUAUCUCGGGUGGAGGAAUAGACCUCUGGUUGUCUCAUGCGCCUGGAGAUGAACUUAGGUAUCUGACAAACUAAUUACGAUCUCUAGUUUUCCUCGUGCUACUUUAGUCUGUAAGCAUCUGUAGUUGUCUAUGGACAAUUAGAAUUCUGCUCAUACUUUCCAGUUGUGACAUGGUCGUGUAAGUUGUAGCAUCAUAGUUGAAGUUAGAAACAGCGAUAUUAAGAGUAUCCACAACUUCAUGUGAUCUCAUCUUCUCUUACAA